CUUUGUUUACCUGUCUAGUAAUGUUUACUUAAAAAAAAAUGUCAAUAUGAAAAUGGAAAAUGAAGCUUUUUAAUUAAUAUCUAAAAUGUUGACUAAUAUUGAAAAAACAUAAAUGGAACACUGCAAUGGAAAGCCCAAACGAGCUGCUUAUGCAAGCUCUAUACAAAAACGAUUUAUCCUUAAUACAUUGCUACUUAUCCAAAGGAGUAAAUAUCAACAAAAUAUGUUCCAAUGGCAUGACAAAUUUAGGGGUAGCAGCCCAGACAGGAAAUUUAACUAUUUUAAAGACCCUUCUAGAGCACCAUUUAGCUGUAAACCUGGAUUUUAGGAAUGAGAAUGUUUGUAAACCCCAAUAUUUACAUUUAGAUACAUCAGAACAAAGACGGUACAAAAAUAUAGGAUACUUUGUAGUUUGUAAGGAUAUUGAAGAAAAUGAAUUUGGAGAUGGGCCCACUCCUGAUGGCAUGGAAGCUCUUGAGUGGGACAUGGAAGUUACAGAGGGUGAUUUUUCUAUAGAAGAUUCUAACUUAGAAGAUAGCGAACUAAACAUGUACAAAUGGUAUGCCAAUAUUCUCACCCGUACCUCAAUAUUGCUGGAUUCUCCAGAGCGUGAUUUAGCUAGAUUGGAUCGUCAUGGACAGAGUGUUUUACAUUAUGCAGUCAAUUCUGGGAAUGUCAAUAUGGUGGAAUAUCUAAUGACAAUGAUUGGAAAAGAUUUAAGUGUCAACCAAAGUGAUGCAUGUUGCUUUACACCUCUCCACAUGGCAGCAGCGAAUGGUGAUUUAGAAAUGACAAGAUGGCUGCUAAACAGAGGAGCUAAUGUGAACUCAAUAGGUGGGAGGCAUCGACAGAAUUCUCUACAUGUUGCAGUGAGAGGAGCUUUUUUAGAAGUCCUUAGGAUGCUAGUUGAAGCGGGUGGUGACGUUAAUGCCGUGGAUGUUGAGGAGCACUCAGUAUUGACAUGCGCUGUUCGCCAGGGAUGUGAAAAAACAAUUAAUUACUUAGUAAAAAAAGGGGCUCGAGUCAAUCAUGAAGAACCAGGAGGCGUAACAUCUCUAAGAUUAGCUGUUUGGGCAAACAACACGCAAGCAGUAAAAAUCUUGAUAGAAGGAGGCGCUAGAGUAAUACAUUCGCAUCACUUGGUACACGUUGCUGUAUCAAAUAAUAAUUUAGAUGUCAUAAAAAUGUUGGUAGAUUCGGGGGCUAUGAUAAAUUCUAAAGAUGAUCAAGGACAAACUCCGCUUAUGAUAGCCUGCUCUAGGAAGAAUAUCUCAAUAGCCAAAUAUCUUCUUUCGCAUGGCGCAGACGUAAAUGCUGCAAGCCACAUCGACGGCAAAACUGCGUUGCAUGUCUGUGUUCAAGACGUCAGAGAAACGAAAUGUGUUUUUCAACUCAUCGACCUUCUCGUCAACCACGGCGCAGACAUGAACGCUUCCAGCUAUCAAGGAAAUGUUCUUUUUUACUCCAUUAUUUUGGAAAAUAGGAACGCAGCCGCCGCGUUGGUACAGAGAGGCGCUGAUGUCAAUUUGAGGGACGAGAGGGCGUAUGUGGAUAAUUUAAGUUUGGCCAAAAGACACGGGGAUUUGGAUCUGGUCAAAUUAUUGGUCUAUGGAGGAUUUAAAUUGUCGGACAUGUCCUGGGACCCUCGCGCCCUAAGGACCAAAUCUCCGGAUAGAGCCUGUGAUUUUUUAGUUAAUGUCAAAAGUAACCCUCUAAACUUAAGAGAGCUUUGUAGAAUAGCAAUUAGAAAAAAAAUCGGGCCCAAACAAAUGAAAUCACGUAUUUUAGCACUGCCCCUUCCCGUUGUUUUACAACGAUAUCUCACUUUAGAGAUACUCUAAGUUUAGAUAUUAAUUCCAAAUAUUCUGGAUAAAAAAAAGUUAUUUUUUUUAUGCAAUUCCAGUUUUGAAGUUUUUUUUUUUUCACAAAAUAAAUGGAAUAUAUAAAAAAAUAUAUAUUAGUAGUUGUUAAUUUUAAAUAAUAAUUUUUCAGAAAUUUGGGAUUACAAUAAACUUAAUGAUAAUGUAUUUUAAAUUGAUCUCACAAUGGUUGGAUCAGUUACAAAAAAGAAUUUAAAAUAUGUAGUUCGUAUUUAAUAAUGUAGAGAAAUAUAGGGGACGAAAGAAAACGAUUCUUUGAC